AUGGCCGAAAAGAACAUCGACACCAUCCACGACCCCAGCGAGCCUCCGCAAUAUGGCGCACUCCACGAGAAGGCGGAGAAGCCGCACACGGAGCUCGUAGACGACACCGGCGGUCGCCGGGCGUCGGUCGCCUUGAACAUCGUCCAAAACCCUCUGCAGCGUGUCUCGCCGCAAGCUGCUGUUGCCGACGCGCGGGCUUUCGCUGAGACGAAUGGCAUGUCGGAGCACGCAUCGCUCUUUGGUCGGGCUGCACUCGUUGCGCGCAAUCCCACGCAUUUCGAGUCACUCGCCGAACUCGAUGAGGACGAACGCACUGCGCUUAUCUAUGAGCGUGACCACAAGUGGCACGGCCCGAAGAUGUUGUGGUACUCGAUUGGCUUGUGUGCCAUCGGUGCCGCGACACAAGGCUGGGAUCAAACAGGUUCAAACGGCGCCAAUUUGUCAUUCCCCGAGGAAUUCGGAAUCUCGGGCAAAGGCAAAGACGAAUGGAUCGUCGGAAUCAUCAAUGCCAUCAUUUUCUUGACUGCUGGGUUGAUCGGUGCUUUCAUUGUCGACCCUCUGAACAAAUACCUCGGUCGACGAGGUGAGAUCUUUGUAACAGCUCUGUGUCUCACGGCAACUCCCAUUGGCUCUGCUUUCGCAAGGACAUGGCAGGAGCUUUUCGCCGCUCGCUUCGUCAUGGGCAUUGGCAUCGGUGCAAAGAAUGCGACUGUACCCAUCUAUUCCGCUGAAAUGGCGCCCGCCCGCAUUCGAGGCGCUCUCGUGAUGUUCUGGCAGUUGUGGGUCGUCAUUGGUAUCUUCUUGGGUUUCUGCGCCAAUGUCAUAGUCAAGGACACAGGCCGGAUCUCUUGGCGUCUACAGCUUGGCUCUGCGUUUAUUCCGUCCUUCAUUCUCGGCAUUGGAAUCUUUUUCUGCCCGGAAUCGCCUCGAUGGCUCAUGAAAAAAGGAAACUACGCCAAGGCCUUUAGGUCCAUGAACAGGCUCCGAGCGCAUCCCAUCAUCGCAGCGAGGGACUACUACUACUCAUUCGUCAUCUAUGAAGAGGAGAAGAAACUAGCUGCCGGAACGAACUACUUCACUCGUCUCUGGGACUGCUUCAGGGUCCCUAGGAUCAGGCGCGCCAACUACGGAGCAUCCACCGUCAUGCUUGCCCAGCAAAUGUGUGGAAUCAACAUCAUCUCCUUCUACAGUUCCACUAUCUUCGAAAACGUCGGCUACGACAAGACGCAGGCACUGUACGCCUCUCUUGGCUACGGAGCUGUUCAGGUGGUCUUCACAAUUCCCACACUUUUCUUGAUCGACACCAAGGGCCGCAGAACCCUCUGCAUGAUCACCUUCCCGCUUAUGUGCCUCUUCCUGCUCGCCGCCGGUCUCUCCCUCCUGACACCAACUACCGCCUCCAAAGGCGCACAGAUCGGCCCGGUCGUCCUCUUUGUCUACCUCUUCACGAUUUGCUAUUCUCUCGGCGAAGGUCCUGUGGCCUUCCAAUAUUCCGCCGAGGUGUUCCCCACCAUCCAGCGUGAGCAGGGCAUGGCUUGGGCCGUCUGCAUCAACAAUACCUUCGCCGGAAUUCUCUCCCUUACUUUUCCCCGUAUGAAGACCGUUAUGACGCCCCCUGGUGCAUUUGGCUUCUACGCCGGGCUCAAUCUCAUUGCGUGGUUCAUGAUUUUCUGCUUCGUGCGCGAGACGAAGCAGCUUACCCUGGAGGAACUCGACCAGGUGUUCUCCGUGCCGACCAAGACGUACAUCGGGUACGAGCUCAAAGUCAUGGUGCCGUACUGGAUCAAGCGCUGGAUUUUCUUCCAGAGGCACCUCCCCAAGCCAGCGCCGAUCAUCGAAAAGGCCGAGUUCAUCGAGCCUGUUACUAUCUAG